UCUGGGGUCCCCUCUCCUCUCCCACUCUGCGGCUGCUGGUCGCUGUCAUGCAGGUGGAAUCUGCGCAAUGUAGCUCAGCAUAAGAAUCUCCAACCCAACCAGACACAUCAGCGGCCUGCAACGCUCAUACACCGGGCACUGCACUCUGGAGAUCAGGCUGUAUUUACCGCUUUGGAGGAAGCACUUAAUGGAAUGGAGAAUUUGAAGACCUUAUUUCUGCUUUCACUUGAUGAUCAUCAGUUUGUUUAAAUAUACGGGCAUUGUUAGUUUUGAUACAGAUACAUCAAGAUUUUUUUAAAGCAUUAUUCUGCUGAAAUAACACAGUGUUGUGUUGAUGCUGAGGUAAUUUUUCUCUCCUGGCGCAGUGUAACACAGCUGGAGUCGCAUAGGAUGCCAUACAAUCCUAUAGGAAGUGACUUUCGCAGCUUACCAGGCAACAAUUUCCAAGAAACGAAAAGGACGUAAUCUUGCGGAUCUUUUCACUUUAAACACACGAACACGAUGGAUGAAGGCACUGCCAGCGAGACCCUCCCAGAUCUGAAAGACAUAGAGGUGAAAAUCGGCCGGAAGACCCCCGAGGGUUUGCUCAGGUGGAUGCGGGAAGAGGCGUCCUCUCUCCGGGGAGACGCCAAGCUGACCACCGCGCACGAUACCUGUCAGGACACGGGGAAGAAGAGUUUGGAUGAAAAGAUCAGGAAAUUGAAGAUGGAGAUGGCUCACUUGCGUUCUGUGGACGUCAAGAUCUUGCAGCAGUUUCUGGCGGUCCAUGAAGGCAUUGAGGCAGUGAAAUGGCUGCUGGAGGAGCGCAGCACGAUGACUAGUCACUGCAGCAGCCUAACCAGCAGUCAAUACAGCUUGGGCGAGGGCCCCGACACCUCCUGGAGAGGCUCCUGGAGCAGCCUGCAGGACCCCAAUGACAAGCUGGACAACAUCUCCAUCGGCAGCUACCUGGACACCCUGGCGGAUGACAUGGAUGAGUACUGCCCCUCCAGCUCAGAGUCAGUCAUCUGUUCCACCACGCCACUGGUCUCAGAGGCUACUGCUGGGGGCCGGACAGGGGGAGGCCCUGGGGUCAUGGUCACAGGAGCUGGGGUAGGGGUGAGGUCUGGAACUGGGUCUGGAACUGGGAUUCGUGCUGGGCCAAGUGAAAAUGGAACUGGGGUUGGAAAUGGGAUGGAGGUGAAAGGUGGACCAGGGACAGGGUGUACCAGUGCUAUUAGUGGGACUGGGAAUCCAGCUGUUCCUGUCAGCUCUCCCCAAGCUAAGUCUGAUGGCCCCAAGCAAGACGCUCCGGUCUGGACGAAGAUUUCAGAGAGGGGUGAAGGAAGUCCUGUUUCUAAGAACAAUACCCAGACACGAGCCAUCAAGACUAAUGGUGUCCUGGAGAAACCAAUCACACAAACAGGCAGCCCAACCCGCUUCAGCCUCAACGAGAAACUGGGAACCGGCCAGAGCCCCAAACUCAAACCUUACAAAAAUGGAAAGAUUGACUUGGAUACUUGCAAAAUGACUGGAAAAAUGCAUCUGGAGUAUGACACCCACUGGCGGUGGGUGCAGUCGCAAGAAGAUGUGACGUUUCUGUAAGGAGGAUUAUAACAGAGGGCACUAAAGCCACUAUUGAACACUCCCUCUGUAACAUCAAAGACCAGAUCACUGAAGGAUAGAAGAAGGGUGAACUGCAGGUCUGACAUGCAAGUGAAACUUUCCUUGUUGGAAGACACUGGGAUGAAAGAUUAUGAAACUUUUUUUCUGUCCUGUUGUUCCCUCAUGUGACUGCACUAACUUUCUAUAGAACAUUGAUGUCAGUAUUACAGUGAAAUGGAUGCACAUUCCAGGAUUUUGACAAUGUUUAGCCAAACUGGGCUGCCUCACACAAAUCAAUUUUAAAAUCCUGUGUCUCAGGGUCUUUCUAUUCCCUGAUUUAUUUUCUUUUCUUUUCUAAAGCACAGUGAGACGAUCUGAUGGAGCGCUGAAACACAAUUUCUGGUUGCUUGACAUUACAUUAACCAAUGUAACUGGAGAAGAUUUUAAUUAUAGUUUGACUUUAUUAAGCAGAAAAAUAAUUCCCAUUAGAUCCGUUUCUCUUAUUACACGCAAUCUAUAAAUAAAACCCCAGAGGCACAAGAUCUCCCCUUAAAGAGUAUUACACUGGGGUCUCCUUAAUUACUUCAUAUGCCCAGUAAUGGACCGUUAACACCACUACAAACAGCACUGAUAGAGCCGGUUGUACUUCUAAAGACCAAAGUUUUCCCCUAUCAAACCAUCAUGUUUGAGUUACAAAUUAAAUUUACUAUAUGAAACCUUUGUCUAAGACAAUAUAACUGAACACUUAAUGGUAAUACAGUAUUACUUGAUAAAGUAUUAGCAAAAGAUAAUAUUAAAGACCUUUUGAUAAAAUAUGUGUGUUUCUCCCCAAACUCGUAGCUGCCUGAACAAAACAAAUAGAAGAAAUUAAAUAGAAGACAGAGCACUGGGGUUAGUAAAGGUUUCCUCAUUGAAAAAAUGCUACCCUCUGUUAGCAUUUGUGUCAUUGUGGAGCUAAAUCCCUUCAGCGCUUAACCAACCAUCAGCAAUCUUGUAUAUUCAAUUAAUCGCAAUACAGCUACAGUGUGCAUCAGGUAGCAGUCGUGAAUUGGUUGUAGGCAAAUACUGAAUAUGGCUGAAUAUUAUUUUUUCUUUUAACCGGUACCCAAUACCUAAGCAGAUGUUGUGCCUCAUUGGUUUAAACCUUAACUACACAUGCCUGUACUUUUCCCUAUUGAGAUGAUUGCACUGCUGUUUUGAUAAUCUGAGUUUUUUUACUCUCUUGCUUGCGUGUACAAAUGACUAGACCAAUAAGUUUGUGUGCUCUCGCUAUGCAAGUGUUGACUGGCAAAUGUGUUAUGUUGGCUGGGUGGAUAUUGCAUGCCCUGUGCUGAGAGCUUUAUUGGUUAAAGCAUGAGAAAUGUGAUUAAGACCUAAAACAAUCAGAAAAGAAAAGCAAUAUUUCUUGACACCUUUCUUGUGGCUUACAUAAGCAGCCUGGAGUUUCCAAGACUACUUGUGUGUGAGUGUUUGUGAGAAUGAGAGAGAGAGAGAUGCUGACUUCCUGCCUAAGCACAGCUGGCCUGUUCUGAUACGAAUAGAUGAGUCCCAAAGGUUUUUAACCAUUUUCAGCUCAUUCCUCACAGCCUUACUUCUUCUCCUACCGGUCUGCAGUUAAUAAUGUUGAUGCUGCAGGGGUAGAGCAGCACAUUUGAUAAACGAACGGCUAACCGGUUACAUAUUCGGUCCACAACUUUGUGUGCUACAGUGUAGCUCAUCAACAUUUUUUUCCCUGUGAUAAAAGGUUUGGCUUACCCUCUCUCCUACCUCAUAUGACCUUUUGAAAAACUAAUAAUUAGGCAUGAGUUUACAAUAAUUGAAAAAAAAAUGAAUGAUCCAGCUCUUACAGUUUUAGACCUCAACAUGUGGAGAAAUCCGGCUGAUUUUUACCUGAAUCUUGAUUGCUAGAUGUCACAGAGUAAUAUCAAUAGGAAAAAAAAAGUUUUCAACUCAGACAUUGUGAAGAAACAGUUUACAGACAGAGGUCGUGCCUUCGUGACAAAAACUUGAAGUUUAUUUCCCCCUCAAAAAUAGGUAGUUGACCACUGGAAAAAGAGGUAGAUUACAGAACAAACUUUGCAUUUGAAAGGGUUUCUUCACAAUGUCUGAGUGGAAAACGUAUCUUGUUGUCACGUAAGGGCCCUGUUCAUGUUGCACAGACAUUUUAAUUGUAUUUUAAUUAUCUGUUAAUAGCCACAAAGGUACUCUUAGGACAUGCCCCCACAACUGGCAUUAUAGCUAACUGGGAGCUCUGACCAUUAGCUGCAACAUAUCCAGUUUGCUAGCAAACUCAGCAUGUCCAUUUGUUUGAGCCCCUAAAGUGUUUUGUCUCUCCUCCUGCCUUUCUUUUUGUCCUACUUUCCCCCACCACACUGGUUCGAUGGAAAUGCGCAGUCUGUGCCAACACACACAUCAUGCAUACACAAUGCCUUCUCACUUUGAGACAGCGCCAUAAACCCGGCACCACAGAAACAGCGACUGUAGGCCGUUCCUGGAGAUAGGAAAGGAAAACUGUUCUCAAAGUGGACCAUGAACUCUUGGACGAGUUGGAACAUUCGUAAAAAAUCUUUUUCUUUCCCUGUCAAUCUCUUUGAAUACAAAAAGAAGAAGUAUUUUCCAUCGCUGGAUACGUAUUUCAACCACGUUAUAUCAUCCAGUUAGAGACAUGAAAUCAUUUGAAACCGUUCCUUUUUAACAUAUGUGUUGGCCGUAAAGCAACAUUGCAUGCCAAAGAGACUCUCUGCUCUGCUAGUUUGUGGUUUUCUUUCCAAAUUUGCCAAGCCACAUGGAAAAAUAAGUUGCCAAGAACAAACCUGUAAAACACAUUACACCAAGCUCAAAUGUCUCUCUGAAGGUUUACUGUAGAAAGAUGUUGUCAAGUGUUUUCAGUGAGCACAUCCAGUUUAAAAUUAGACUAUGUUUUAAAGCACUCAAUGGCAGAGAUUUAAUGAGAGCUGACAGUCUAGGUGCCAAGAGAAAUCGCUUGUGGCCUGAUUGAUUUUAAAAGAGGGAUAUAAGUAUAAGCAUGGUAGUGCUGCUAACUGGCAAAAUACUGGAAAACACAUUUCGGCCAAAGCUUUCCAGUAUAUUUGAGAGAGUAUGGGGGUGAACACAACUCGGCAGGCUUGCUCCCUUCCGUCCAAUCCUAUUAUGAUGUCUGGGAUUUAUCUGAUGUCCAGUGCGUGGUGUGUUUGCUUUGGCUUCAGGUGCCAGGCACCCUCCCGCUAUUCUGGGCAGCAAGACAAACACCAUGAUUACAUAGGCGAGUGGCUAUCCACAGGGUUGCCAUGACAACGAGAACACCAGGCUUCAGCUCUAGUGGGGACAUAAAACAAUGUUUACUGUGUUGCAAAUGGCAGUAGAGCAAUAGUGUUUGAAUGAUGGCAGGUGAGCUGAAAGAGACGAGAUGAAGGAACCCUGUAUAAAAGGGGUUGUAAGUUUUAACUGAGCUUAUUAAUGAUUUAUUUACUAAUGUUUUAUAGAUCAAUUAUAAGCCAAUAUUAUUAUCGUUGGGUUGCCAGGUAGCGAACAAUCCCUUAUUUCUAGAAAAGAGCUGCAGCAAUAUAUAACAUUUACAACUGCAGACUUAAUGGAUAUUUAGAAAGUUAGACACUGAUGAGCAUUGAUUGAUGGAUUAGUAACAUUUAACUGCAUUAUUACCAAAUAAAAAUACAAAGGAUAAACAUCAAUGGGAUGUUUUACCAUGUAGCCAAAUGUUAUUAAUUAAUGCUAAUAGCUGAUCAAUAAUGCAUUAGUAAAGGCUUAUUUAACAUUAUAAAAGCCAUAAUUAUGUAUUAGCACGAGAAGAAUUCUUAUUCCUUGUUCAUAUCUUUUGAAAGAGGUCUUCAAAAUCACUUUAAAAUAUUUUUUUCUUAGCUCAGUACCGUAGGUAUUGACAUAAAUAUUGUUCAAACACUUUUAAUCACUCCCUUAAACUUCAUUUAUUCUAAUGUUAUUACAUUAGAAAUAAAAAAGGUUUAAUUCUAUAGUAACUUAAGCUCAAAACAUUUUUUGUAAUUUAUUAAAACAGAAUGUUUUUAUUUUUAUUUUUUAACAGUGUUGAGAGUUCGUGAGAGGCAGAAAUCCCAAGACAUCCACGGUAAAACCAAAUAAAAGGUCCCGAUGAAAAUUAUAUUUCUCAAGAUAUCAGGAAGUUCAUUUUCAUCACCAUCUUUGAAGUCUUUUUUUUUGCUGACUUCUUGUCUCACCCCCCACUGUUCUACAUUGGCACACUGCUUAGCCACUCUUUCUAUUAACCACCUGAAAUGCAGUCAAAAGCCCUUUUCUUUCAUUCUUCCAUUUUGAAGACGCUAAGAGACAGAGUGCUUGUGCCCUUCUGGAGGCAAAAUAGAGGGAUAAACAGCUGAGCUAAACAGUGAUGCACACAGCUUGCAGCUCAAAGCAAGCUUUCACCCCCGGUAUCCUGCUGUUUUCUUCCUUCCUCUUGCACAUACACAAACACGAACAAGCACAUUUAUCCCACGGCUGACAUGGGUCUCUUGGUACCUGACAGCUCCUCAAAGAGAGCCAUUAAGCAUUUCCUUUACUUGAAUCUUAUUUAUCCCUGUGUGUGUGUUUGUGUAUGUGUGUAUGUUUUCACAUCCCUAACUGCUCAAAGACAUGGAAGUGAAUAGAAAUAAACCCCACAGAGUGCACACUGGGCUCUGAACCAGGUCCAAAACUUUACUUAGGCAACACAAAGCUUAGAGGAUUGAAAGAUAAAAGCCAGAGAGAGUGAUUGCAGUUCACUGGAUCUGUCCCAUCUAUACCUUGCUUGAGUGAGUGGAACGGCUUUUAUUUCCAAGGUACGAUGAAAAUACUAUGGUAUUAUUUUGUUAUGCAAGAAAAAAUGUAUUUUUUUCCUUUGUGAAGUGGAAAUGUAAACAAAUAAUGGAUUGUGUUCAUUAAUGUGGAGAAUUAUAUUAUGCAGUAUGUAAAUUAUACAAGCUUAUCCAAUGCAUAAAGAUAUUUUAAAUGUU